AUGGCUGACAUGCUUCACAAAGCAAUCCAAUCGAUGUCGCUGGAAGAAGAGGAACCGCUCACACUCCCAGACAGCCCUAGGUUUCGUGUCUAUGACGAGAACCAAACCAGUUUACUAGGUCGUUUGCUGAAUCCAGAUUGUCAAGUUAUGGCGCGGAUGAUCGACUACAUGCCAACUGCUUGGAGAGUUUUCGGGAGGGUUCGUGGGAUCGCUCUCUCUCGUGACCGUUUCCAGUUUGUGUUCCAACGUGAAGAAGAUCUCCAAACUGUAUUGAAUGAUAGACCCUGGUCGUAUAACCAUUGGGCAAUGGUUAUAGAACGUUGGACUGCUAACCCUCCGGAGGAUUUUCUCCAACACAUGGAGAUCUGGAUACGUAUUCGACACAUUCCGGUGAAUCUCUUUACUACUGAUACGAUGUAUGCUUUAGCCAAGGAGAUUGGUAAAGUGGAAGAGAUUGCUUACGACCCAAAGGUGUCCCACACCAAAGACUAUAUUCGUGCAAAAGUUACUUUCAACGUGGACAAUCCAGCAAAGGCUACGCGUAAGCUUACGGUAUCCAAGGAGUCUACUGUCACCAUUGAAUAUGAAUUCGAGAAGAUCCACAAACGCUGCUUCCAUUGCCUGCGCCUAACACAUGAAAAGAUUCGAUGCCCAUUACUUAAGAAGGGGGCUUCUAUUACUAAGAGUGCUCCAGUAGCAACCCGUCCUUUGAGUAUUGCCCCAGUUCCAACAGCAACAUUGGAUGGUCCUCCGGGGUUUCCUGUGUUAUUUCCUGAACUCUCUAAAGAGGAUAGGAAAAUGGCUCUACUAUACAUUUCUCAUGCUGAUGAGACAGAGCGAAAGGCUAGAAUCUUGCGUGUCCAACAAGGCAUUGAUGAGAGCAAGAUGGAGGCAUCGAUACGUAUGACUAAGAUCACAACGGUCCUGGAUAAAGGCAAAGGCCAUGUCUUCUCAUACAAAGAGCCUUCGGAGGACGAUCUCUUUUGCGCCGAUAAGCGCCACCGCUCCAAAGCCCGACUGCAUAUUAACGAGAAAGAGGAUGAUGAUACUGAGUCGUCUGCUUCUCAUUUUUCUGCUAGCUCUGAACCUGUGUUUUCAACGGGUUUUCGGCUUGGCCCUUCCUCGGAAGGGCGAGUCUCCGGGACCCAGGGGAUGAGCAAAUCUUCAAGGAGGCGCCCUUCAUCGUGGAAAAGGAAAGUCUCUGCCAUAUCCAAUUCUUCAUCUCCUUCUUUAAAUCCAGUGGCCUCUUCCAAGGCGGGAAGUAUCAAAAGAAAACCUUCGCCUCUCGUUCCCUCAGAAAACAAAUCCUUCAAAGUUUCAGACUCUGCGGUGGCUUCCGUAUUGAAGCCGCUGCCGCCCCAAUGA